UGUGUGUGUGUGUGUGUGUGUGUGUGUGUAGGCAGAUUGUAGUCUUCUGUCUUCUGUAUGUUGGAGCAUUCAUAAAUCUCCGCCCAGCCAAUGGGGAGGCUCCUGUUAAUCCCAGCUCGGUAAAAACCGGUGUGAGCGCAGAGGCAGCUUUAAUCUGAAGAGAGAGUCAGCGCAGACACACAGAGAGGCGCACUGAGGCAGAGAGGGACUGGAACUUUCUGUUUUGGAGAUGCCCGAUAUUCCUCUAAACUUUCCCACCACUUUGUUGCAUUUUGGAGGUCUGUGAAACCCCGAAGAGGAGAAGACCCGCUGUGUGCGUCUUCCCACUUCAUCCACAGUUACCGAACAUCACCGGCUCUUCUGGAGAGGAUUGCGCCGCGCUGCUGUUCUCGUUAUAGACUCCUCACUCUGCGGACAUCCCGUUCAGUCCGGUCGUCAUGUCCUCCGGUGAUGCCUCGGAGCGGAAUCGGCGGGUCAGCGUGCUGUCUUGGGAUCAGGUGCGGCGUUUGGACUCCAUCCUGGGAGAGAGCGUCCCGAUCCACGGCCGUGGAAACUUCCCCACGCUGUCCGUGCAGCCCCGGCAGAUCGUCCAGGUGGUCAGGGCUCGACUGGAGGAGCGUGGCGUGGUGGUUUGCGACGUCAAGCUGAAUGGCUCAGCAGCCAGCCACGUGCUUCACGAGGACAAUGGCCUCGGCUACAAAGACCUGGACCUGAUCUUCGGCUUAAGUCAGACUGAUGACAAAACCUUCCGGCUGGUGAAGGACGUGGUGCUGGACUGCCUGGUGGACUUCUUGCCUGAAGGGGUGUGCAGGGAGCGGAUCACAGCCCUCGCCCUGAAGGAAGCGUACGUGCAGAAACUGGUGAAAGUUUGCAAUGACACGGACCGCUGGAGUCUCAUCUCGCUGUCCAACAACACCGGCAAGAACGUGGAGCUGAAGUUUGUGGAUUCUCUGAGAAGGCAAUUUGAGUUCAGUGUUGACUCCUUUCAGAUCACUCUGGACUCGCUGCUGCUGUUUGACCGCUGCUCGGAGACGGCCAUGUCAGAGACCUUCCACCCUACGGUGCAGGGGGAGAGCAUGUACGGAGACUUUGAGGAAGCUCUUGAGCACCUUCGCACCAGGACUAUUGCCACCCGCAGCCCAGAAGAGAUCCGGGGCGGCGGGCUGCUCAAGUACUGCCACCUGCUGGUGCGCGGCUUCCGGCCGUCCUCUGAGACUGAAAUGAAACAAAUGCAGCGCUACAUGUGCUCGCGCUUCUUCAUCGAUUUCCCCGACAUAACUGUGCAGCAGAGGAAACUGGAGGCGUAUCUGCAGAACCACUUUGUGGGCAUGGAGCACAAGCGCUACGAGUGCCUGGUGACGCUGAGGCGAGUGGUGGACGAGAGCACUGUGUGCCUGAUGGGCCACGAGCGCAGACAGACGCUGGCACUUAUUUCCGCCCUGGCGUUGCGCGUAAUGGCCGAACAGAACGCUAUCCCUGCUCUGGCCAACAUCACCUGCUACUACCAGCCCGCUCCCUACGUCAGAGACGUCAACUUCAGCAAUUAUUAUGUGGCACAAGUUCAGCCGCCCAUGCAUACAUGCAGUAACUCUUAUCAAACGUGGCUGCCUUGCAGUUGAGCGAUGACUUUUAGGACACGUGGAGAGCUUUUGGUUUUAACUUUACAUUGAUGUAAGCUGAGCGUUCAUUGAAGUGCUUGGUACUUCUGUAGCAUGUGGCUUUUGUUGGUUUGGGGCCCACCGUGGACAAAAAAGAAUUAAUCUUUUUUUUUGCCAAAUUAUAUCAAAACCAUUCCACUAAGUUAUAUUGAUUAAUACUGCUGUAAAAAGAAAAAAAAAAUCUCAUUCGAGCCAUUAUAAUUAUACCUUUUUAUUCUGUUGUCAUUUCAUAACCAAUAUGGAAAAAAAAUAUGAAGGGUUGAUACGUGACAGUGGAACUUUGCCAGGUCUGUUUCUUGUCUGAUGGAGGCUUGCAUUGGGUCUUUAAUGAAAUGUAAAUAGUUUGUACGAAACCAGAAAGCUGUUUUUUGUUCUGUCUGUGGUUUCAGCUGACCUUAUUGGGAGAUAAAAGGACCAAAGAAAUACUUUCUUGUGUAGCAUGACAAACUGAGACUGUACGUGGUUCCAAGUGCCUGAAACUGACCAACUGUCUUUAUAGUAUUUGCUCUGUAAGAAUUGUUUUUGGAACUUUUUCACCCAGGUUACUUUGCAUUUCUAUAUCCAGGGUCAGGGUAUUUGUUUUUAAAAUCAUUAAA